AUGCUGAAGCCGAAAUAUUAUGUAUCACGACAAAUUGUGAGACAAGCUUUAUAUGUUAGUGCCUUAGUCUGGAUAACAUACGCCACAUAUUGGCUAUGCUCAAACGAUAACAAUCAAAACGUCUUAGAUCCAUCUGAAUAUUCGAUAUAUGAUAUGAAUAGUGAACAAUACAUCUUGCAACAAAAAUUACAUCCACCUGAACCACUGCUGCCGCUGCCGAAACCGAUCAAGAAACCCAGUGGUGAUUUCAAGUAUCAUUCGACCGUGUUGACAUUACAAACUAAAAUGAUAACUAACGACGAUCGUGGGAUAGAUAAACAUUCAUUAAUAUAUAAUGACAUAUUUCAAGAUCAUGGCGUGGAUUCCGUGUUUGGGAACUUGGAUUUUAAUCAACGAUGUGAUUUGUAUUUCAGAAACUUGUUUUCCCAUGAUCACAAUUGGGUUUUUGAUCCUAAUAGGCAGUUGAACGAUUUUGAAUCUGAAGAAUUUAAAGAGUUUGCGAAGGAAAAUGAAGAGGCAUUUAAGAAAGCAUAUGAGGAAAUUGAUUCUGUUAGAGUCAGUCUCCGUCAAUUCAUACUGGAACAAUGGUUACAGAAAACUGCAGUGGUUAGGGAACAAACCAUGAGUGAUUAUCUUGCCACUACGAGAAUUUUCAAUAAAUGCUAUGUAACCAAUGACAACAAGGACCAAAUCAAGAAGAAUGAAGAUUUCAUAUCUCAGCAGAGACAAAUCUUGGAACAGUCUGGUAAACAAGUUACUCCAUUUACAAACACGAAAUUUGAAAGUAUGCUUGAUCCUUCAACCUAUGGAGCUUCUAAGUUUGAAUAUCGUGUUUAUCCUUGGUUAUCCCGCUCUUUCCCGAUAUAUGAACGUUGGACUGGUGAAGUGUUCAGUAACCCUCCUAAUAUGAAACAAUUACUUAAAAGUAGUAACCAAGAAUCCAAAAAGAGUAUAAACAAAAAGGCAUCAAAGACUCAAUCAAAGUUCUUGAAUCAGUUGAAAAACUCAAGCAAUGGUAAAGGUAUUGUUAUAUCAAUCGCAGAUAAGCAUGUUGAUGAUACAGUUAACUUAAUCCGUUUACUACGUGCUUUAAAGAAUGCCCUUCCUAUUGAAAUUGUAUACAAUGGAGACUUAUCCAAGGAAUCGAAAAAGAAGAUAAUUAUAGCCGCAAGAGAAGACUUUAAGACAUUACCAAGGUCAUUCAACAAUGUCGCUAAUAUGUUUGGACCCGGAUAUUUUGAUCCUAACCAACAUGGGUUACCAAGACAAGAGGUUUGGUUUAUCAAUACCAAUAACGUUUUGAACAAUAGUUAUAAGGAAAAAUUUCAAGGGUUUGCUAAUAAAUUGUUAGCUACUUUAUUUAAUUCAUUUGAAGAGUUCAUACUAAUGGACGCAGAUACAAUCAUAAUGACCAAUCCAGAACAUUUCUUUGCCCUUUCAGGGUACGUUAAAUCAGGAGCUUUGUUUUUUAAAGACAGAGCUAUUUUCUCAAGACGUUCACGAGGAGACGCCACCAUGUUUAAAAAGUUGAGCCCUUCUAUAGUCGACAAACUUAUGUUUGAUAUUCCAAUAAUGACAGAUCACUCGUUGAAGCGAGAAUUUUUCAAAGGAUUACAUCAUUAUAUGGAAUCAGGAUUGGUAUUGCUUAACAGAAACAAACAUUUCAGUUCAAUUUUAUUAAUGCAACAAUUGAACUUUAUAACUACUAUAACUAAUAAGGUUUAUGGAGAUAAAGAAUUAUUUUGGCUUGCAUUUGCAUUAAAUGGUGAUGAAGAUUACCAAUUCACAGAUCAUUUUGCAGCAUCAGCUGGUGAAUUAACUCCAGCUGCAGAAAGAGUAAAACUGGAUGGAGUCAAUUAUCAAGCUCUUGAAAUUUGUUCAGCCCAUCCAGCCCAUCUUAAUCCAGACGAUGGAACCUCAUUGCUCUGGAUAAACUCUGGAUUCAGAAAUUGUCACAAGGCAAACAGUAUAGACUACGGAUCAGAGUUGGUCCUUGGUACCAAGUUCAAAAAUAUUAAAACCGAAGAAGCAUUCAAAGCAUUCUAUUCUUCUCCAUUAAGAAUCACCCAUGCCAUUGUACCUCCAUUAAGUCCCGAUUUGGGACUUUUGGAAAACAUUGAAGGUGAACCAUCAGGGGGAUGGAUGCUUGAAGGGUAUUGUUCUGCUUAUAUGUUUUGUGGUUAUUCCAGUAUUGGUGGGAAAACUACAAGUGGGGAAUCCAAUAAAUUGGAAGGGAAAUUGGUUACUUUUGAUGAAUCGGCUCGAAAUUUAUUCAAUUAUCUAGGUGAUAUUUGGGUAGGAAUAGAAUAG